UAUAAGAAAAGGCACUAGCUCUAUGCUGGCAGUUGUGUUCAUUUCAUUCUCAGUGGCUGCAAACGCUCCCAGCUUUGCCCAGAAUGAGCGCUCCAGGAGACCGCACUGUCCUUGUUCUGGGGGGAGCCGGAACAGUGGGCUCGGGAACUGUGAAAGUAUUGCUGGACAGAGGCUUCCGUGUGGUAGUCAUAUCCAGAGAUGCAGCCCGGUUGGAAAAACUGAAAAACUUUGUCCCAGCUGCCACUCGAUCUAGGCUUUCUACAUUGGUUGGAGAUGUUGUAAAGCCUACAGAUAAGACACAAGAGUUGAGGAGUUUUGUGCACGCUUCCCUGUGCUUUGUUAACAUUUGUUACACUGAACUAUCUUCAGGUUCCGAAGAGGGUGCAGAAGCAGCUAAAAAUGCUGUACUGCAGGCUGUUGGGAAAGUGACAGAUGUAGUGUCAUCCCUGGGUUUCAGUUGGUGGCAGGGUGGUCCUCCACACACUCAAACGCUCGAGGAACUGAAUAGGGUUCUGAAGACAUUGGUGAUAAGUACUUUCACGUCUUGGAAGGCAUUCUUUCCUUUGGUUAAAGAUGACGACAAGGGAUCAUACACAUUUAUUACUGGUGGCGCAGGGGAGCGUCUGUUAAUGCCUGGGACUGGUUUCUUGACUUUGGGAGCUGCAGGAGCUCUGGCAUUCUGUCAGGUGGUCAGAGAGGAGUACCCUGAUAUUCCAUGUAAACUGAAUGAGGUGAAACUUAACAUGGGAGUUGCAACACCAGACCGAAUUGCUCCUGGCUUUGUGAAUCACUUGGAUGUGGGCGAAGCAAUAGCCACUGUUUUGGAAAAGAAUUCUAUUUCACAUCAUGUGUUCUGUGUGAAUACCCCAGCUGAUCUCAAAACCCUGAUUGUGGAAGGGAAAGUCUGAACGUGAAGAUACUACAAGUUGGCAUGCCAAGUCAUCAUUCCAUUUUGCAUGUAUAGCUUAUUUUGAAGUCCUAUAACACUACAGUAGUGUGCACUUUUCCAAUAGAACCAGUGAUGUGUCUUUCAAUGUGUCUGCCUGAUCAUAGCACUGUGAGCUAAAGUAAGUUAAAUUUCAUAUUUAUCUUGGUGGUUUGUUUUUUUCUGUCACUAUGACAUUUAGAAAGCCCUAUGAAAACUUAAAAUUAAGAUGAAGUAAAUUUAUCUGUUGUGUUGUGCUAAAUAGCUUCAGAAACUGUACCACCUCACUACAUUUAUUCUCAGAACAUUCAAGUUCCAAACUAAUGUCAGGUAAAACACUAAAUUCACAUUUCACAAUUACAGGAAGUGGUAGAUGAGAGUAUAGUUUUAACAUUUAAAAUACAUUUGGACGGGUAGAUGAAUGGGAAAGGUUUGUUGUCUUGGAUUCUCCAGCAUCUGCAGUUCCCAUUAUCUCUGAAGGUUUAGAAGGAUAUGGGCUAAAUGCAGACAAAUGGUACUAGUUCAGUUUAGGAAACGUGGUUGGCAUUGAUGUGUUGAGCCAAAGGGUGUGUUUCUUUGCUGAAUGACUCAAUGGUUCAUUCUUUUGCUGUUAGUAUUAAUAACAGUGCUGACCAAAGUUUCAGUAAUUUUAUUCACACAUCAAAUAAGUCACUGCUGGAAGUAAAGCUGAAACUGAGUUCUACAAUGUUUGAGAUAACAAAGUGUAGAGCUGGAUGAACACAGCAGGCCAAGCAGCAUCUUAGGAGCUCCUAAGAUUCUAAUAUAAGAUUCAGUUUCUAAUAUCCCCUCUACAAUGUUUGAACAUUUUUUUGUGUGUUCAAAGAAAGCAGGCGGUGGAAGAUUGGCAUAUAUUGUUGGCGAGAAGGAUCUAUAAUUAAAGGAAUGAAUGUUGAAGAUUUUAUUUUUCUCUUUUAUUGUAGCAGAUGGCAUUAUCACAAUUUUGAUCUGUUUUAAAUCCAGUCACAACAAUGUGGUCCAGGUUUGAAUAGUUGUGAGCCACACAUCAAUUAAUUAGAGUAAUUUUCACUCGAGUGUCAGGAAUGCAUUGUUCCUCAUGUUGAUUUUGUAUUCACCUGCUGAAGGUGAACACUCGAUGGACAGUAAAAUCAUGUCUAAUUCCUCUAGCAUUUUUAAUCCCAAUCUCCAAGGGGUUUGAGGAUAUCAGUGUUGUUCACUAUGUAAACAAUCACUGUUAAUUUCUAAUAUUGAGCUUUAUUCAAGAGUUUUCAUAAUAGAAUGUCUAUUGCACAUAACAGGAAACUUUGCCAAUAGUUAGAGAUCUAUGGCCAACUUGCUUAAUUACUAUUGCCUAUGAAUGUUAAUCAAUAGUCUGUAAACAUGCUUAAACUGAUUAUUAGUUAAUUGCCUUUUUUGGAAAAUAAGAAACUGACUAUGAACCAUUGAAUGAUUCAUUUGUGUCUUUUAAAUCUGAUUUCAGAGACUUGGGGAAAAACAUUGUCCCUCACAUCACUACAAAGAGCUUACUAAAUCAUGUUACUGUUACACAAAUAAAAUUUCGAAUAUGGCUUGAAGAAUUUCUUUUACCUUAAAGCAAAGCACGUUUGCAACAAACUAGUGAUCUUUUUGGACAACCCAAUGGUUAUCAUUAUUUUGUAUCACUUAGCUCCUGAAAAUUUUAAGGAAGAGCAAAAUCGGGGAAUCCAGAAUCGAUGUGUAUGCUAUUUCUAAGGCUAUAUUGUAUCAGUAAUUAUUCAAACUGAACAAGCCAUCAACAAAUUUAGAAACAAUCCAAAAAUAUAUACAAUGGGAGAAAUUCAUGUUAACAAAUAGGUUAAUAGUUAUUUCUGGUCAGGAAGGAACAUUUGGUUUUACUAUUCUAAAGAUGUAGUUUGGAUUAAUAAGGUUAAAUCUUUGAAAGGCACAUCAUUCCUUUCAGUAUUUUGUAAUUUUAGUAUCAAAGUAAGAUGCCCACUACUUCAGUAACCCUAUAGGACUUUGGCUAUUUGCCUUUCUUAAUGUGAGCUGUGUUUAGCUAACAUUACAUAUUCAUCACAGCAGAUGAAUAUUUAAUUAAAUGUUGUUUGGUAAUUUUAAAAAAUAAUGUAGCUAAUGUUCUUCAUUGUUGAUGUAAAUUGCUAUUUGUCAACUUUGU